AUAGUAGUUUAGGUCUAUAUUUUAAUUCUACAUACUAAAGCACUUGGAUCAAAUAGACCAUGCAAGAGGAAGGCCAUUUUGUUAGUGAAUCUAAACCAGUCAAGUUAUGGUUAAAUGAUCAAGGUGUUAAUUGGAUUGUUGACAAAAUACAAGUUUCAAUUCCCUAUAUAAAUAUCAUCGGAGUAAAAAAGGAAUCAGAAACAGAUGUGGAAGUUGAAAAGCACUCAACUUUCAGUUUGCAUUUUAUUCAAAAACCAAAGACCAAUGAUCAAAAUCAUAUACUGUUGCGCUCUAAUAAGAUCUUCAGUUGUAAGGGGAACUGCGCGGAUCUCAUUAAAAAGAUAACAGAUAGAUGUAAACAAGGGAAAGCUGGUAAUUUAUUGGUUAUUAUUAAUCCUAUUGGUGGAUGUGGAAAUGCUGAACAAAUAUACCAUGAUGUUGUUAAACCCCUGUUCAAUCUAGCUGCUAUAGAAACAACCGUAAUGGUUUCAGAUUAUCCAAAGCAUGUGGAAGAAAUGGGUAAAAAGACGGAUUUCAAUCUGUAUGAUGGGAUAGUGAUAAUGGGGGGUGAUGGAACAUUACAAGAACUGAUGCACAGUUUACUACGCAGGAUACAAAAGGCAGAAGGAGUUUGUUUGAAUAAUCCUGAAACUGAACUUCAUUCUUUAAAUAUACCUAUUGGUAUGAUUCCUACAGGAACUGGAAAUGGUUUAGCUGGUGGGUGUUACAAGACUAAAGACAUAGUCACUUCUGUGCUACACAUUAUACGAGGUGCAACAAGACCAACAAACAUAGUAUCUAUAUAUGAAAAUGAUCGUCUAGUUUCGUUCGCAUCUGUUAUAAUAGGAUAUGGCUACUUCUUAGAUCUGACAUCUAAAACAGACAAUAUGAGGUGGCUAGGUAGUUUGCGACAUCCAGUUGGCUUAAUAAAAUCGUUAUUUUCUAAACAAAGACUUUUUAAAGCAGAGAUUGAGUAUCACCCUGCUGAAGAUACAAAACCUCAUGGAAGAGCUCCAUACAGAUCUGGUACAGAUCUCAAAGAAACAGAUCUUAAUUCAGAAUGGAAGAAGAUAGAACCAGAGAUUAUGGGAUUUAAUGUAUAUCCUGGUGUUUUUAGAUGUGUGAAUGAAUCUUUCGAUUUUGAUCUUUCCUCGAGUGGCUUUACACUCCAACUAGAAAAACAUACAAGUCUGUGGACAUAUUUCCAAUAUCUGAUGGCAAUGAAAGAUUUUCAAGUAGAAUUUAUGGAGUUUGAUUUUUGUGAUUUUGUAAUGGUAGACGCUGUUCGCAUAAAACUAACAAAUAUUGGAGAACUGGAUAAAUGCGAUAUAGCUUUAGAACAUAAGAUUCAUUUUGAUGGUGAAAACCGAACAAUUCAUACUAAACAAUUCGAUAUCAGACUCCAUAAAAACCUUAUACGGGUGUAUUCUAGCUGUGAUAGCACAAUCUAAUAAUAGAUUGUAAUUAUGUACUUUUAAAAAAAUUAUAAUGUUUACUGAUUUCGACUGACAGGCAACUUAUUUUGAUACAUGACACAUUGUCCUUAAAUCUCACUCAUCGUAGGUUUGUAAUGUUUUGUUGUUUUUUAAGAUAUAAAAUAUAAUCAUCUAUAUAUUUAGCUAUUUUGUCACUUUUUAAAACCCCUUAAACGAAACCGCAUGCUAAAUCUCUAACGGUAUGUUUUAUAGUUUCAAUAAUCAAACAAGGAAUUAUAAAUAAAUUGGAUCUGGAGUGUAUGCACUAGAGAACCGAAUUAAUUGGGGGUGUCAUAAAUCCGCCCCCCUCCCCUGUAUUUUGGGUAUAUUACAGUAUAUGAACGGGAAUAAACGAUAGGAAAGUAUAUCAAAAGGGAACAGUAAAGGGUGUUUUAGAAAGUGCACACCCUUUAGUUUAAAAAAGUAUUCCCAUGCCCCAAAGGUAUGGCGGGGUAUCAGGUUCAAAAUGCGAUCUGCAGUAGAAAGUAGAAAAUAAAAAGCAAAAGAGAAAAUUCUUUCAACCUAAUAGGUCCACUUUUUCAACUUUAAGUCGUUAAAAUUUUACUUUCCACAGCAGAACUUCUACUUUCAAUAAUCAACUUUUGACAUUCGACUUUCAACUUCAGAUUUUCUACUCGAGAUUUUCUCCAUGCAUAUUACCGGAAAUAAAUUUGAUCACGUGACUAUUUCUGCAUGUCAUUAAAAUACUGCAUUUUUGAGUCGACCCUAAGUCCAAAACAAAUAGUCAGUCGAAUAAACCGGUCGAUGGCUUAUUAAAAUUUUGGAAUCGUUUGUAAUCUGUAUAAGUUAAAGAAAAAACGCACUAAUUCCAAUAUCUUUUAUCAUUGUUUUUGUUUAUUUUUUACGUCCCCUCAUGUUCAAAUUUGAUUGUUCAAAUUAAAACUUUAAGGUGUUAUCUUAGUUAUUGCCACCGCGGCUUAAUAAAGUCAUGCUUGACUUUUUCCCUCAUCCCCAUAUGCCCCCAUCUUUUAAGUGCACGCCAAUGUGUACACGGGACCUCGGUUUUUCGUCCCAUCCGAACGACUAGACAUCUGUCCUUGUCCACCUCCAAAAGAAUAGAGUCCCUAUAUAUGAUAUGUUG